GCCGGAAGGGGCGGGGCCGAGCGGCAGCGACUUCCGGGAGCGGCGGGGACCAUGAGCUGGAUACCGUUCAAGAUCGGGCAGCCCAAGAAACAGAUUGUACCCAAGACAGUGGAGAGAGACUUUGAAAGGGAAUAUGGGAAGCUGCAGCAAUUGGAAGAUCAGACCAAAAAACUUCAGAAGGAUAUGAAGAAAAGCACAGAUGCAGACUUGGCCAUGUCCAAGUCGGCCGUGAAAAUCUCUUCGGACCUGCUGUCCAACCCCCUGUGCGAGCAGGAGCCCGGCUUCCUGGAGAUGGUCACGGCCUUCGACACGGCGAUGAAGAGGAUGGACUCCUUCAACCAGGAGAAGGUGAAUCAGAUCCAAAAGACGGUCAUAGAGCCUUUGAAAAAGUUCAGCAGCGUGUUCCCCAGCCUGAACAUGGCAGUGAAGCGCCGCGAGCAAACCCUGCAGGACUACAAGCGCCUGCAGUCCAAGGUGGAGAAGUACGAGGAGAAGGAGAGAACCGGCCCCGUCCUCGCCAAGCUGCACCAGGCCCGCGAGGAGCUGCGGCCGGUGAAGGAGGACUUUGAGGCCAAAAACAAGCAGCUCCUGGAGGAAAUGCCCAAGUUUUACAGCAGCCGCAUCGAUUACUUCAAGCCCAGCUUCGAGUCCCUCGUCCGGGCGCAGGUCGUCUACUACACGGAGAUGCACAAGAUCUUCGGGGACCUGACGGCGCAGAUCGACCAGCCCGGCCUGAGCGACGAGCAGCGGGAGCGGGAGAACGAAGCCAAGCUGAGCGAGCUGCGGGCGCUGUCCAUCGUGGCCGACGACUGAGGGCUGGGGAGGGCGGGGGGGGGGGGGGGGGCACCGGUAACGAGGCUGGGGAUGGAGCCCCCCCAGCUCCUGAGCCCCCUCCCUGCCUUCUCCGGGGACGCGCAGAUGGAUGGUGCAGGGUUUAAAGCUCUGGCUGUGCCAUCUUCCGCCCCAGCAGCUCUGCCCUCCUGCCACGGGGCCUGCUGGGGCGGGGGGGGGCGCACAGAGCAGGGCCCUCCCCACCUGCUGCUGUGAGGCUGCAGGAUGGGCAGCCACGGGCAUCCCCGUCCUGUUUCUGCCCUCCUGACUUGUGGGAGCCUGGCUUCUCAUUAAAUAGGUGGUUGUGGGGCAGCUCAGCCGAGAAGAGGAGCGGGCUGCGCCCUCCUGCCCUGACCCAGCGCCGGUGCGGAGCUCCCUGCUGGCUCCCCGUGCCAGGCUCCGGCCCAGGCUCCUUGCCUGUAGGGUGUUCUUUUGGUGCCUUAGAAGGAGCCCGGUACCCUCAGGGGGAGGGCAGAAGCAUUCAGAUUCCCACGGGAUGCGGUUUUUUGGGAGCUGGUCAUUCGAGGACUGCGCGCCCUGCCCGGAGGGUGAGGGGUUCCUUGCUGGAUGCGACCCGUUCCCAGCAGGAACGGUGCAAAGUGCCUCGGGGGAGCCCUCACCCGAUCAAACACUGUUAAGGGGAAGAGAUUAUGAACGGGACAGAUUAAAUCCAAGAGCUGA